AUGUCAUACAAAUCAUUACUCUUCUUUACUCUCUUCUACACAUUGUUUUCCCAUGUUGCGUCUUCGGCUCUCGUUGUGAGGAACCUGCCUGGAAGGUCUUCUGAUGAGACCAUCUAUGAGGUUCGGAGACGGCUUGCCAGCGUAAAGAGAAAUGGCACAAACGUCUUGUUUGACAAUUCGACUUCUUUUGCUCUCGGUCUCGAUGGCGUGACAAUUUUCAAAUACCCAUUUGACGACUCUUCAAGCGAUGCAACCAUCUCCAUCACAUGCACAAAAUGCUACUUCACCGGCCAAGCUAGCGCAAAGGUCACAACCAAAGGCUCAGUCAACGUCACCUCGACCAUAGACCAGGUAGAGGACAGCUUCAAAAACAUACUGAACAACAUCGAAGUCUAUGCUAAGAACGCCACGGACACCUUCGUGGAUGAUAUAAAAAAUGGCACCAGUAUUAUGACAGCACUUGAUGAUAUUGAAGAGCUUCCUCCCCCAGAGAUCGACUUCAAUCUCGACUUGAAACUCCCAGAGUACCAUGUGGACGUCAAUCUCACAGACGUGGAAAUAUACAUGGAGAUUGACACCGUCAUAGCAGACGGCAUAACGUACACGUUCAACAUCUACCAGUCUAAAACGCUGGCCGGUGUAGCGCUUGGCAACGGGCUGCUGCUAGGUGCCGUCUUCUCAGUCGAUCUCAUCUUCAGUGUAAACGCCCAGAUCGAUAUCCAGAGCGGAUUCCACAUUCACUUUGACAAUGUUCGAACUCAGAUCGAGCUGUUUGGUAAAGAGGCCUCGGGGCUAGACUUCGAUGGCGGCAAGUUUGCAUUCCUCCCCGUCACAAUCCAAAGCGGCGACGUCGUCCUCGAAGCAGUCCUUCGCCUCGAAGCCCGCAUCGGCAUCACCCUGCACGAUUUCUCCCCGGUCAAGCAGCUCGACGUCGGCGCAGGCGUAGAAGCCCGCAUCUACGCCAACAUUGCCGAAUUCGUCACGAACAUCACGUUGGGCGAGGUUGACUCCCUCAAGAAGAGAGACGAUGGCGGCGGCGACGACAACUGCCGCUUGAGCAUCGCUCAGGCCUAUACCUUUGGCAUCGGUGCCGGCGCAGGUGCCUCGGUCGUGCUCUUGGGCAACACAUGGGGCCCUACUCCAGAAACCGAGAUUCCCAUCUUCUAUACCACCUUGGCGCAGGCUUGUGCGGUGACCAGCAAAUCCGGCGCAGGCACAAUCUCUGCCACGACGGCUGCCCCAUCUAGUACCAAGGCUCUUGCCAAGCGUUCGGUGACAAGCACAGUCACCACGGAGACUCAGAUCGCAACCGUCUGCGCCUCUCCAGGUCUGAUCAACUGCCCUGCCUCUUUGCAAAGCUUGACCAAGAACAUUGUAACAAAGACGCUCACGUCGACCAUUGCAUCUGGCGCAUCUGCUGCUUGGUCUACUGGUCCAACAUCCACGUUCAAAAAGGUCGAUUUCCCGGCCGAUGCCGUGACAAUGACGAGCUCAUCUGGAAAGCCAAAGUCGUACACUCCCCCUCCACCACCACCAACUACCACUACCUCAUCAUUAUCACCAAGCGGUUCAGCCGCAUCAUCAGAGGAAAAAUCCGGAAAGCACCGCGUAAGCAACGCCGUCAUUAUUGGCGUCAGCGUCGGUCUCGGCGUGCCUGUCCUACUUGCAGUCAUUGCAGCAAUCAUCUACUUCGUUCGUCGAAACCGCAAGUUGUCACCCACAUUACAACCUGCAUCUACCGAUGCCGUAAUGACCAAGACCCAACCAGUCGUAACCACUUACACAGCAGUCCACCCAGAGGACGAUCUAUAA